UCGCCUGCUAGUCCUGGGUGUGCAACAGUGGAGAAAGAAGAGAAGCAGAGGAGGACGGGGGAGAAGAUGGGAGGGUUGGUGGGGGUUAGGGCUCGGCCGUUCACGUACGUGUCGCACGUGCUGGCGGUGGCGGCAGCGGUGAUGGUGCUCGUGUGGAACAUCCACUUCCGGGGAGGGCUCGCCUUCGAGUCCACCAACAAAAACCUCAUCUUUAAUGUUCAUCCAGUUCUGAUGACAAUUGGCUUCAUUAUCAUGGGAAGUGAAGCAAUAAUGAGUUAUAGAGCUUUUCCUGGGAGUCGUGAAGUAAAUAAAAUUGUUCAUCUUACUCUUCAUGCUGUUGCACUUGUACUCGGAGCUCUGGGAAUAUAUUUUGCUUUCAAGAAUCACAAUGAAAGUGGAAUUGCUAAUUUGUACAGCUUGCAUUCCUGGGUUGGGCUUGGUACAAUAUGCUUAUAUGGCAUUCAGUGGGUUUUUGGGUUUGUCAUAUUUUUCUUUCCUGGUGCUGCCCCAAAUCUCAAACGUGGUGCUCUUCCUUGGCAUGUAUUUUUUGGGCUCUUUGUCUACAUAUUGGCCUUAGCCAAUGCAGAAUUAGGCUUUCUCGAGAAAAUCACUUUCCUACAGAGCACAGGCCUUCCCAAGUAUGGUCCAGAAUCAUUUCUGGUAAAUUUUACAGCUCUUGUCGUGAUAUUGUUGGGAGUCUUUGUUCUGAUAUCUGCUAUUGCUCCUGCCCACAUUGAAGAUCCCCAUAGUUAUUCUGCAAUAUAAGGAAAUUAUUGUAUAUUACCAGUUCUCCUAUGACCAUUAUUCUAUGGUAUCAAAAUGUCAUGACUUCUCUGCACGUAUGCUUAAGUCUGCAUAUCUCGCUAUGGUCUUUCUUGACAGCCUCUGAGUAUUUUCUGGUUGAAUGGUUUUUUGAAAGAGGGAUGUGUGUAGGCUCUUUUAUAUGUAUAAAGUUUCUAUCCUACUGAGAAUAACGAACAUGUAACUGAAUGAUUUGUUGGUGUAAUCUGUGUUAUCUUCUAUCAGUUAUAUUUUUCUUCUAA